UCGAUGAGAAAGAGGUGAAGAACCACCACCGAGCUCCGCAGCAGAAGACGUUAAGCUGUCGUGAAUUCUUUUAACUUUGAAGGCUCAUUACGCGCACUCAUCCUCCUGCUCGCCAAACCAAGAAGAUGCACAAGUCUUCACCUUGCGUUUCCCCCUGGUCCUGUCUUUGGCUGGCAUCUUUGGCCUCUAUGGUGGUGCAAUCGGUGUUCUCUUCCUCGUACUCUUCCUCUUCUACUUAUCAAAGAACAUCAGGGGCAAGUGGGAAGCGACAGGGCUUCAUGGAGAGGACGCUGAUUCUCCUGGAUGUCAACACCCGCAGUCCGAUCAGAGUCCUCAACGACAACUUCCUCUCCCUGCAGCUGGACCCCUCGAUCAUCAAAGACGGCUGGUUGGACUUUCUAAGCUCCAAGCGGCUCGUGACCCUGGCGCGAGGCCUGUCGCCAGCCUUUCUGCGCUUUGGAGGAAAAAGGACCGACUUCUUGCAGUUCAACAACCAGAAGAACCUGGCUAAGUUCAGAGGACCGGGACCUGACUAUUACCUGAAGAACUACGAAGACGAUAUUGUACGCAGUGAUAUUGCAUUGGAUAAACAGAAUGGCUGCAAAGUUGCCAACCAUCCUGACAUAAUGCUGGAGCUGCAGAGGGAGAAAGCUGCUACAACGCAGCUCGUCUUGCUCAAAGAGCAACUGUCCAACAUCUACAGCAACAUCACAAUAACAGCCAGGUCUUUAGACAAACUGUACAACUUUGCCGACUGUGCUGGUCUGCACCUGAUCCUGGGGCUCAACGCGCUGCACAGAAACCCGGACAACUCCUGGAACACCUCGUCCACCCUGAGCCUCCUCAAGUACGGCGCCGGGAAGAAGUAUAACAUCUCUUGGGAACUUGGCAAUGAGCCGAACGCCUAUCGCAGCAUGGUGGGUCGAGCAGUCAACAGCACCCAGUUAGCUCAGGACUACACCAAGCUGAGGACCCUGCUGCAGUCUGUGCGCUACUACCAUAGAGCUCACCUCUACGGCCCCAAUGCAGGCCGACCAAGGAAGAAUGCCAUCAUGCUGUUAGACGGGUUCAUGAAGAAUGCCGGCUCUGUUGUUGAUGCAGUAACGUGGCAACAUUACUUUAUGGACGGCAGAGUGAACAAGGUGGAGGACUUCCUAAAAACUCGCCUGUUGGAUACACUAACAGAACAGAUCACUAAAGUCACCAAGGUUGUGAACACACAUACACCUGGUAAGAAGGUGUGGCUGGGUGGACUGGGGCCAGCGUGGGCAGGAGGCAUCAGUAAUCUCUCAGACACAUAUGCUGCUGGCUUUCUGUGGGUAAACACGCUGGGUAUGGCUGCUCUGCAGGGGAUUGAUGUUGUCUUACGCCAUUCAUUCUUUGACUAUGGAUACACACAUCUUGUGGACCAACACUUUAACCCUUUACCUGAUUACUGGUUCUCUUUGCUCUUCAAGCGCCUGGUGGGUCCACGGGUGUUAGCUGUGCGGGUGGCUGGACUGCAGAGAAAACCACAACCAGGACGUGUCAUACGAGACAAGCUACGGAUCUACGCCCACUGUACCAGCCACCACAAUCAUAACUAUGUUCGAGGGUCCAUAACAAUCUACAUCAUCAAUUUGCAUCGGUCGAGGAAGAAAAUCAAGUUGGCAGGGACGUUACGGAACAAUACUGUCCAUCAGUACCUGCUGCAACCCCUCGGCACGGAUGGACUCAGAGCCAAAUUCGUCCAGCUGAACGGGGAGAAGCUGGUCAUGAUGGAUAAUGAGACAUUUCCUGAGUUGAAGCCGAAAACAUUGAGAGCUGGACGGACAAUAGCCAUGCCACCUAUGACCAUCGGGUUCUAUGUGGUCAAAAACAUUAACGCAUACGCCUGCCGGAGAUAGCACUGACCCUUCAUGUCGGGCGCAAGCAACAUAAACUGCCAAUCAUCUGCAAGCAUGACCCAAAAGCUUGAAAGCUGUUAAGUUCUACUUUUUUGUCUUUCCAGGACAAUGCCAACCAUCACAUACUGUAGGUAAUAGUGUUGUGCUUUGCUCUUGUCAUCUUUUAUUGAGUUGGCACAAAGGUAAAUCCUCCAAAAUUAUUUUAAUACUAAUAUUUAAACCACUUCAAAAUAUCACAGCUGCCCUCUAGAUUCUUUCUUUAUUUUCCUUCUUCAUUAGACAUACUUGCCCAAGUGACAUUAAAAGGGCUGCACUGAACACUUUUUCACCAGCAAUUCCUCAUACAGUUCAAGAGCAAAAGAUUUCUGCCUCUGUUCAAAGUUUUCUUUUGGUGUGAAUUUUUCUUUUUUGCACUCUUUGUUCCCCCCUAAGUCUUUCCCUGGGCAACUAAGAAAAGUCAGAGAGAAAACCUCUGAACAGGCAGCGACUCUGAAGCAAACACAAGUCAACUUCAGUUUGACUUGAUCCUUUCCACAAAGAGAAAGCGCUGCAGUGUGUUCAAGGUCAUUCCUGGACUUGUCAAGAGUUGUGUGUGCUUGUGUGUGUGAGUGUCUGUAUUCCUGAUUAAGCUACUGAUGUGUUUCCAGCCUGUUAAGCCUCUGAAAGGCUAUAUUUCCCUGGCUGAAAGCUCAAAUCUAUCUUUUUUAGACUGUUUUUUUGUGUGUGUUUUGUCUCUCAUUUAUCCUCUGCUGCAGAAUUUUAUCAGUUAAAUCACACAAUCUGAUGGUCUGGGCAUGUUGCUGGUGUUGUUUAGCAGCAAAGCAAGGGUGAAGAACAAUGUGAACGAACUCAUCAUUAGCAUUUGAACUCACAUGGCUUUCAUUCACACAAAUGUGGGACUGCUUUGCAUUCAGAAACUCUCAAGAGAAAGCUGUUUUUCAGGUUUAUGUUCAACUUUCUAUUUUCAGUGUGAUCUCCCUGUUAUAAUCCUCUUAUGCUGCUAGAGUUUUGUAUUAAAUAUUCAUGAUAUAUUUGACAUUAUUUUGUACAGAUUCACAGCUAUAUAUUUGAUUAUAAUGUACAUAAGGAGAGGGACUUUAAGAAGUGAUUUAAGCUCAAUAUGUUUACCUACAUACAGUGUAAACCUUAUUUAUAUGAAAAAUGUUUUGCUUUUUAUUGUACAAAUUCCAAAUAAGUUGGGACACUUUGUAAAAUGUUGAUAUAAACUGAUUUGUCAAUCCUUUUAACCUCUAUGCUAUGGAAUUCUGUACAAAGCAGUGGUGGAGCCAGAUGUGUUAAAUAUCAAGGGCUAAGGACAAAGGACAGUCCAGGGGGGCCGCUUCCUCAGAAAUGUAUUAUACUUUUAACCAACCCAGAAGAUAAAGGGCUUUUAAUAAAAUAAUCUGGGCUAGGCUGCCAACUUUAGUGGAACAUGUAGCAAGCAUCAAAUUCAGAGUUUGUUUAUAUUAUAAAACAAAGUUGAGCAGUUUGACCAUGAAAUAUCUUGUCUUUGAGCCACAUUCGUAAAAAAAUAGAUCAAAAAGGAUAUGCUUAUUACUAUAAUCGUUUUUAUCCACAUUUAACACAGCAACCCAACUUUUUGGGGAUUUGGGUUUGUUAUUUCUUUUUAUGAUCUUGUUAGGACUGCAAAUGGUAGUUUUACAGACAUCUUCAUCAAAUUACUGAAUGACUGAAGUACAUUGUUAAGAUACCAAUGUCCAUUCACAGGUGGUCGUUUUCUAACUAAAAAGAUCAGUGAGUCAUGUUUCACAUCUGCUUCAUUUCAGUUUUAUUGCAUUAUAUUUUAGCCAUCCCAUUUUAAGAUCAGGUUUUAUUUUCUAAACCACAAGUUAAUUGUUGUCUGGAAAUAUUUGGUCAUGCUGCUCAUUAAGUUCUCAAUUCUCCAGCAACUUUUACACAUUUGAAAAUAAGCAGGAACAGGUUCAGUGCCGAUUGUAUUGAAUAUAAAGUAUAUUUGUCCCCAGAAUAUGUUUAUAGUUAAUGUAGAGAUGUUCAUAUUUUUAUUGGAGAGCAUUAUUUUAAUAUGUAAAG